UCUCUCUCUCGGAGCCGUCGUCUGCUGGCCAUGGCCGUCGCCGUCGCCGUCAUCGUCUUAACCGCCGUUGCAGGCCGGCGAGGCCGGUCCUCGCCCCUCGAGCUCCCCAGUCCAACGGCGUCCGCCCUCCCGUCGCCCUCUGCUCUUCACUGAUCUCCCACCAAAGCUCGCGCAUUGGUUCCCUCCGCGCAGGUCUGCUGCUGUUCUGCUGGCUCCAGUGCAGCGGAUUCGUCGCCUCCUCUCUUCUCGGUGCUCGCUCUAUCAUGUGCUGUGAAAUGAGGCCGGGGUUCGGGUUCGGGUCCGCGCGGCGUGGCAUCUGGAGGAGCUGGCCCGCCCUGUGCUCACGGCAGCAGCAGCAGUGCUUCUCCCCGUCUCUUUGCUCUUCAAAGAAGCUGCACGUCACAGCCACCACUCUGCCACUGGCCGACGUGAGGAAGAAGAGCAAGGUCAUUGUGAUAUCAGGCCCUACGGGCGCCGGGAAGAGCAGGCUCGCGCUGGAGGUGGCCAGGAGGCUCGGGGGAGAGAUCAUCAGCGCCGACUCGGUGCAGGUGUACCGCAGCCUUGACGUCGGCUCCGCCAAGCCGUCCGCCUCCGAGAUGAGCAUGGUGCCGCACCACCUCAUCGACAUCAUGCAUGCGUGUGACGAUUACUCCGCUGGGAUGUUCUUCCACGACGCGCGAACAGCGACGCAAGAUGUUCUUGGCAGGGGCUCUGUGCCUGUCGUUGCAGGAGGGACCGGGCUGUACUUAAGGUGGUUUAUCUACGGCAAGCCAAAUGUCCCACAGUCAUCCACAGACAUCAUAUCAAGUGUGUGGUCUGAGCUCGCUGGCUUUCGUGAGAGCGGCCGGUGGGAAGAAGCGGUGGAGCUCCUGCUCAAGGCCGGGGACCCCGAAGCUCGGGACUUGGAUACAAAUAACUGGGCCAGGUUAAGCAGAAGGCUCGAGAUCAUCAGGUCAUCUGGUUCCCCUGCAUCUUCCUUCACCCUACCAUACAGCUCGUUUCAGAAGCAGCAAGACACCAAGCUAACUGAUUCCCCAAGCGAUGAUGCAACCUGCGAGGCGAAGGAACUGGAGUAUGAUUUCCUGUGUUUUUUCCUAGCAUGCCCACGGGUUGAACUCUACAGAUCAAUUGAUUUGAGGUGUGAGGAAAUGCUGGCUGACACAGGAGGCCUUCUUUCAGAAGCCUCAUGGCUUCUUGAUGUUGGGUUGCAGCCAAAUAUGAACUCUGCAACCCGUGCCAUUGGUUACAGGCAAACCAUGGAGUACCUGGUGCAUUGCAGACAGAAUGGAGGCAGUAGCUCCCCAGAGGAGUUCUUAGAGUUCCUGACCAAGUUUCAGCAGACGUCUAGGAACUUCUCAAGGAGGCAAAUGACCUGGUUCCGCAACGAGAAGAUUUACCAGUGGGUUGACGCAUCGCAGCCUUUUGAAGAGAUUGUUCAGUUUAUCUGUGACGCUUACAAUGGCUCUGAUGCAAUGGUGCUGCCUGAAUCACUUGAAAUGAAAAGGGAAAGUUGCGUGCACACAAGCAAGGAUCUCAAAACCUAUCGUCCAGAGAACAGGGUGUUCCUUGGGCACGAAGAGUGUUGCCACAUUUUGGAUUGGAUUAGGAGGACGCAGGGGAAGUGAGGUUUAGUUCUUGUCUCUUCUCAUACUUUGUUUUGUUUCCACCAGAGAAAUUAUCCGGCUAUAGGAUUUUGUC